GCGCAUGCGUAUUGCAACAUACUGACAGCUAGCAGAGAAAACAGCCAAGCUAGUCAACUAUUAGCUAAAGAAAGCAGCUAUUUUCACACAAAAACAUACGUUGAAAUGUUUAAGAGAAAACUGACAGCGUUAGACUAUCACAACCCCGGUGGAUUUGACUGCACAGAUGAGACUCAGUACAGAAACUGCAUCGUGUGGCUGGAGGACCAGAAGAUUCGGCAUUAUAAGAUCGAGGAGAGAGGAAACUUGAGGAACAUCCCGAGCUCAGACUGGCCCAAAGCCUUCCACCAGUACCUCCAGGACCUGAACUGUCCGUUCGGAGGUGAGCAGCAGCCGGAGGCAGUAGACUGGUUGCUGGGCCUGGCUGUAAGAUACGAAUAUGGAGACAAUGUGGACAAGUAUAAGAACUGUAAGCCGCUGGCAGCCCCCACCAACAGCGACAAGGCAGUGGACCCCCUCCUCAACCUUGACGGGGAUUCACCAGAUUUCAAAGCAGGAGUGACAGCUCUGGCUAACAUCCUGAAGAUACAGCGACAUGACGACUACCUGGUGAUGCUCAAGGCUAUUCGUAUUCUGAUUCAGGAGAGACUCUCUCCAGAAGCCAUCACUAAAGCCAGCAAUAAUAGAGAGGGUAUUCCAGUAGCUUUAGACAAUCACGUCUUGGGUUUUGACACUGGAGAUGCCGUUCUGAACGAAGCGGCUCAGAUCCUGCGCCUGCUGCACAUCGAGGAGCUGAGGGAGCUACAGACGAAGAUCAACGAGGCCAUCGUCGCCGUUCAGGCCAUCAUCGCCGACCCAAAGACAGACCACCGGCUGGGCAAGGUCGGCAGAUGAGAGCGACGAGGAGGAGGGGGGACGCUGGAGGAAGAAGGGAGGGGCUGAACCACGGGAGUUUUAAUUUGAUUUUGAGAGGAGAAGCCUUUGUUGGAGUUUUGUAUUUAAUUUAUCAGAUAUGAAGUAAAUGCCAAAUUUUCACAUGCUGUCUUUCCUUUUUGUACUGCAGCAUGGAGGAGUUUACACGACACGUUAGAAUAGAUUUUGAUUUAGCAGGUUUCCGCUAACAUCUUAAUUUCUUCCUUCUGAGGUAGAAUGGUGUGAUCAUCUCCAGUGUCUCCCUCAGUGGAAAUGACAGAGAAGCUGAUGAAAUAUUCUAACGGUUAUAUUUGUAUCUUUUGUUUCCAGAGGUUAUUUUGAAAACGUUGUUGCUGUGUGGGAAAUGUAUAAAUACAGCUUAGAGAUUGGCAUCUGUGCUCCUCGUUUGGUUUUUCAUAUUUAAAGAAGCAUCGGGGCUGGAAAUAAGACACACAAUAAACAACAACAAAAAAGCUGUCAAGUACCAAAUCACAUUUUAUUGUUAUAAAUAUCACAUCUUAUAAAAAGAUAAAGAUUUAAAAAGUAGUAGUAGUAGUAAAAAUAUUUGGCAAAAAAAGAUUGUAACGUCUUUUCAUGGUGUGUGAAAUACAGAUUAUGAGUGCUGUGAUCUGACUGAGGGAAACAUUACAAUCUGAUUACAGUAAUCUGAUUACAGUAAUCUGAUUACAAGAACACUUUUCUGUCACUCAACAAUGGUAAUGGGACUUGAAAAUGACAGUGGUAUCAACGUCUCAUCAACAAACGUUCUCUCUUACAUUUAAAAAUCAGGUUUCAUUGUUCUGUAGCUUUAAUCGAAAGAUAAACAACUGGCGUACAAAAAUACAGUAAAAAAAA